AUGGCGGCCUCCUGUGUGCGUCGCGCUGUGGUUCUGACCCUGGUCAGGUCCAGAUGUUCAGCAGCUGCAGGCAGCAGCAGCUGUGUGGCAGGAAAACGCUCGGCCUUCUGGGUAAACAUAAACAACUCUGAGGGAAGAGGAGGAGGAGGAGAAGGAGGAGGAGGAAGAGGAGGAAGAGGAGGAGCUGCAGCUCUGUGGGCAACAGUCGCUUUCUCUCUGUUCAGGUCUGAUGAAGACAAACGAGAUGAAGCUCAGAGAAAAGAGGAUGAGAUAAUUCUGCUGCUGAAGAAAGCCAAGCUCAGUGUGAUUCGGGAGCAGCUCCCAGCGGCCUCAGGUUUCCUCCAUCAGGCCGUCGCUCUCGCUCAUCAGACAGGAAACAAGCAGGCCCUCAUCUACACCUACAUCCUGAUGGCGAACCUGGCCUACGUGCAGGGUCAGCUAGACAACGCAGAAAAACUGUUCAAAGCAGCGAUGAGCAUCAUGUUGUCAGGAGGAACGCCACAGGACGACAACGGCUUCAUCGAGAUGUCUCUGAAGCUCGCCUCCAUCUACGCUGAGCAGAACAAGGCGGAGCUUGCUGAACACGGCUUCAGGUUCUGUUCAGAGUCUCUUGAGGCCAAACUGCAGAAAACCACGGAGCUGAAAGCAGAGGAACCGACAGAGGAGGAGGAGGAGCUGAGAAAAGAGACCCGCCUGCUGCUCGGACUCUGUCUGGACUCUCGAGCUCGAUACCGAGCGUCAACGUGGCGCCUGGAGCCGGCGAGGCGGGACUACGAGGAGGCACUGACCAUCUGCCGCCAGGAGCAGGGGGAGACACACCCACAGACUCUGGUGCUGAUGAGCGACCUGGGCACCAUCCUGGAUCUGCAGGGUCGUCAUGACGACGCCCUGGCGGUGGUCCAGCAGGCCGUGGAUCUGAGCCGGUCUGCGGGACACCCGGACCAACACGUCCUGCUGGGAAACAUGGCCGGCAUCCUGCUGCACAAAGGGCAGCUGGACGACUCGGUGCGGAUCUACCAGGAGGCUCUAGGUCUGGCCCGGCAGGCCGGAGACCAGGAGGCCGUGGACAAGAUCCAGGAGGGACUGAAGGAGGUGAAGAAGAAGAGGGAGCAGGGGACAAAGGAGGAGCAGGACGCUGCAGAGGACUGACGUCUCAGGGUGUCCAAAGGCAGACUGGAGGGUCCAGCAUGUUAGUGACCCUUUGACCUUUCCAAAGAACGUCCUCACACUGUUGUCUCUGUCCCCAGAGGAUGAACCCUCCCAUGAACACCAGGGCCCUGGACUGUGAAGCAGGAUUUGUGGAUAUCGGGAAAUUUCAGGAUUAAUUCCUCUGAGGAGCUUCUGAAAGAUCUAGAUUCUCCUCAGAGGAUGAACCUCUGUCAGCUGCUGGAGCCCAACAGAACCAGCCUGACCCGUAAAGUGCUCCCAGUCCCACAGAACCAGCCUGACCAGUAAAGUGCUCCCAGUCCCACAGAACCAGCCUGACCCGUAAAGUGCUCCCAGUCCCACAGAACCAGCCUGACCCGUAAAGUGCUCCCAGUCCCACAGAACCAGCCUGACCCGUAAAGUGCUCCCAGUCCCACAGAACCAGCCUGACCCGUAAAGUGCUCCCAGUCCCACAGAACCAGCCUGACCCGUAAAGUGCUCCCAGUCCCACAGAACCAGCCUGACCCGUAAAGUGCUCCCAGUCCCACAGAACCAGUCUGACCCGUAAAGUGCUCCCAGUCCCACAGAACCAGCCUGACCCGUAAAGUGCUCCCAGUCCCACAGAACCAGCCUGACCCGUAAAGUGCUCCCAGUCCCACAGAACCAGCCUGACCCGUAAAGUGCUCCCAGUCCCACAGAACCAGCCUGACCCGUAAAGUGCUCCCAGUCCCACAGACUGCAGCUGCUUCACUGGCUGAUGAAAGAAACUCAAUCUACAUUUAACACAUUAAACUCUUUUCCUUUAGUCUCUGUUGUUCUUUGUGUUUUUCUACUUAUGUUCAUUUAGAAUCUGACUUGUUUUCAAACCUCAUUGUUCGUGUGUGAACUGAUAUCACAAUACAGUAGAGAUAGUGUUGUACCUGUUGUGUUGUAAAGAUAUGAAGAUCAGUCGACUUGCUUCUUUACAGUGUUUUAUUUCCUGCAGUUCAGCUUGUAGCCACCAGGGUUUCACCUGAAAGACUCAAACUGUCAGACUCAUAAUGAGAAUUCAUGUAAACGACGCGUGAUGGAAACAGAUGAGAUCAGAUUCAGAUCUGCUCUGGGUCACGAACAGUUGGACUAUAACAACAAUCCCAGAUGUUUUACCAGAUGUUCUUCCUGCAUUUAGCAGCUGGAACUGUUUCUUUGAUUCUGGAUGUUUGUCCCCCCCCCCCUCAGUGAACUGAACAGAUGAAACCAGCAUCAUGUGACCACUCAGCCUGAUUGUUAGAGUUCAGCUGGAUCCCUGGAGGAGAUCUCCCUCGGGGGGGCAGGCCCCAGGUUCAUGUUUCAGGACUGUGAGUUUCUGUCUGAUUAAAACGUCUUCAAUGUC